UCCAUCAUGGCGGGUCAACAGAUGGAAGUCGUAGUUGGGACCUAUGAACAAGUUUUGGUCGGAUUUGACGUUGUCGAUGGAGAGGAAGAGCUUGAGUAUAGACUAAAACCGAUCUUCGCGGAGAAAGAGCAUGCGGGUUGUAUCAAAUGUGCCGCUAACAAUGGCCAGUUUCUCGCGACUGGAAGCUCAGAUGAAACGAUAAGAUUAUACAAUCUUAAGGAUCACAAAGAGCUUGGUGCCUUAAUGCAGCAUGAGGGCACAAUAACAUGUUUGACAUUUCAUAACAGUACUCAUAUGCUAAGUGCUAGUGAGGACAAUACAAUUUGUGUUUGGGAAUGUCGUACAUGGGAAUGCCUUAAAACAUUAAAAGGUCACAGGGGCCAUGUAAAUUCAGUUUCCGUACAUCCCUCUGGAAGACUGGCUCUCUCUGUUUCUAAAGACAAAACAUUAAGAACAUGGAAUCUUGUGACUGGAAAAUCAGCCUAUGUCACCAAUAUCAAAGAAGCUGCCUUACAGGUUAAGUGGUCCCCUGCAGGAGACAGCUAUGCUGUUGCUAUUGGAACAAAAGUAGUUGUUUACAAACUUGCAACAGCUGCCUUAUCUUUUACAAUGGAGUUCUCCAGAUAUGUGUUGGCUUUGGAGUUUCUCUCGGAAAAUAUCCUGGCUGCAGGUGGAGAAUUUGAAGGAAUAAGAAUAUUGGAUAUUGAAAAGGAAGUGUGUCUUCAGACAGUGAAAGGACAUGAAAGCAGGAUAAAAGAUCUCUGCAUGACAGACGAUUUGCUGAAAGAGGAAACUGGGCGUUUGGUUUUGUUUUCGACGUCAUCCGAUGGAGAUUUAAGAGGCUGGGCUUUCAACCCUGAAAACUUUGAAGAAGAUGCUAAGCUUGUAGCGAGGUAUCAAGUACCUGGACGACCAACAUGUCUAACGGUCGUGGGCAGGCGAUCGGUACCUGCUGCGGCAAAAUCUGAGCUGGAGACAAAAGCUGUGGAGUCCGAGCAACCUACAAAAGUGAAGAAAAAAAAGGAAAAAGGAAAGAAUGAAAGAAGAACCACAAGUGUUUCAGCUGACGAGCCCAAAAAGAAAAAGAACAGAACAAAGAAGAGGAGAAGGUCCGCUAAGAAACGAGGCGAUUCCGGUCUUAAAACGACAGAGGGAUUUAGCGGCACCAAUGAAAAAACUAAAGAUGAAACUGAAAUGGUGGAAGGAACUGAAAACGGACAAAGCGACGGUAGUAAUUCUAGUGGGGAAGACGAAUGAAGUCAAAGAAAAGCGUGGGAUUUACUUUAUAUUGAUACACUCAGUAAAAGGAUUUAGUAAAAGGUCGUGGUCAAACACUUCUACGAGCGAGGAAACAUGCGCGCUAUGGGUUCGCCCCAUGUGCAUCUCGCUGCACUGCUGCCCUGGCUCAGUUGUCUGUGUUCCUGUUAUCGAGGAUUAGUCUGUCUUGAGCUGAAAAUACUUUGAUGCUCAGCUAAUCGAAAAAGUUCGAUUAAGUUUGGUUAAAAUCUACUCCGUGUGCUCUCUAACCAUGAGGUGUAAAGAUCACUCUAAAAGGUGGAAAAUCUGAAAUCCCGUAUGGUUAAUUCAAACCUUAUAUGUGAAAAGGCAGGCAGCCGCCAAGAAGAGUGGCAAGAAGAGUUGCGCUUAAAUUAAUGGCUUGGCCAGAUACGAUCAGUAUUUCCGUCCAUCACUCAAAGAAAUGCCUCGGUUGUAGAUCUACACCAAGCAGUGAAUUAUUAAAAUGGAGAUCUGCUCCAUGACAAUUUUAG